UCGCGGAAGAGUCGCUGGCCGUCCUUCAGCGCAGGUUCACAAGUUCGGUGCGGACCUGCGGCUGAGCGCAGGGUCACCGUCCCCUGGAGGAGCGAUGUUUUCUUUGGGGAGCGGCGGAGGGAAGAGUGCGAAGCCCUCGUUUGUUUCCUAUGUGACGCCGGAGGAAAUUGAACCAGAACCAGAAGGCAGUCUGCAAGAAAAAAGUCCAGAAUUUUUGCCAGGUGAGGUUGUGUUCUGCAGCGCCAAACGCAUCCUCAGGUGCACCCAGGACGAUGAGUCGGAGUGCAGUGUCUUCGGGACGCUUUUCCUCACCAACUUCCGCGUCUCAUUUGUCAGUGACGCGGUCCACUCCGAGGACACGGUUCAGCUGUUCAAAAAUAAGCUAUAUGGCGAAAAUGAUAUUCCUCUCGCCUGUGUCGAUCAGAUCUAUGGAGACUAUGAUGAAAAAAAGAAGCUGAUAACCAGCAGCCAGGUGAAGAACAAAUACCCCUCCAAGAUCAUUAUUCACUGCAAAGACCUACGGGUGUUUCAUUUUUCGCUGCUCUGUGUGAAGGAGGAGGUUCGGAAAAAGAUUUUCCAGGGCAUCAUUCACCAUAUUCUCGACCCAAAGUCACUGAAGUGUAUUUUUGCCUUUUCCUAUGGUGAGAAGGCUGCGCCAGUGCCAGAAGUCCAAAGGAAACAGAAAACUCUGAUGUUUGAGACCGCUGAAGACUGGGCUGCAGAAAUGAGGCGGACCAAAGGCAGCUGUAAAUUGGUGGAAGACAAUAAGGAUUUCCAGAUUGCUCAAAGGUUACCGCAGUUUUUCUUUACUCCAACCAGUGUUGAAAAUGAGGACUUGCAAAAGUAUCAGGGAAGAGGGGUACCUAUUUGGUGUUGGUCGCACCAUAGUGGCUGUGCUCUGUUUAAAACGGCAGCUUUACCCAUUGCUCAAGAAGAAAGUACUUCCAAGGUGCAGAAGGCUUACGUGGAGAGUAUGCUGAAUGCUGUGGCUCAGAACCACUUGUACUCUGUGAAAACGGUGGACCUCUCUGAUGCACUUCCAAACAUUCAGGAUAUCCAGCAGUCCUACAACAAGUUCAAACAAAAUUUCCUAAUUGACAGUAUUGCUGAGUUUUGGAUGUCUGAUGUCAAAUGGUUCUCUACACUUGAAACCUCCAGGUGGCUCAGUAUUAUCAGACAGUGUCUUCAUAAAGCUGUUGAGGUAGUUGAAUCUUUGGAAAGAGAGAAUACAAAUAUUCUGCUUAUAGAGGAGGGAGGCUCGGAUCUCUGCUGUGUGAUUUCCAGCCUCGUUCAGCUGAUGCUGGACCCCUACUACAGAACCCUCGUGGGCUUCCAGAGUCUGGUGCAGAAAGAGUGGGUUGCGGGAGGUCACAACUUCUUGGAGCGCUCUAAUCUCUUACACCAGAGAGACAAGGAGCUGCAAUCUCCUGUGUUCCUGCUCUUCCUGGAAUGCGUGUGGCAGCUCCUCCAACAACAUAGCCCUGCGUUCCAGUUCUCUGAAACUUACCUGACUGUCCUCUCUGAUAGCAUCAACGUGGCAGUCUUCAGCACCUUCCUUUUCAGCACACCCCACCAAAGAGCCACCAUCAUGAAGGCAGAGCUAGACACAGGUACACUGAACAUUCCCCCGGUGUGGCAAUGGUCCCUGCAGUUUGACUGCAAAGCUCAGGGUUUCUUCAUUAACCCGCUGUACAAAGCAAAGUCCAAGCAAGAGAAAGCACUGCGGAAAGCUCAACGGCCAAAGUACACAAGGCAGCUGUCCCUGCCCAGCACACCGUCAAGGAGGGGUUUCUUUAAGGAAGAGACGGACAACCUGAAGAAGAUGCUGCGGGUAAAGAGAAUCAGUCGCUGGAUGCAGCUUCCGGACUCGGUCCAAGCCUGCGUGCGGGAGUUCUAUUCCGUCUGGCAGCGUAAACCACUAGAUUACCACGGCCUGCUCCUGCCGUGCCUGGAUUGGCCCGCUGUCCGCCUGUGGACACAGCGCUACCUGCGCUGGAUCCCCGAGGUUCAAAUUUUGGGUGGUGGAGAUGUGGCAAUGCUGAACAAAGUGGCCGCCCUGGUGCGAGAGGUGCAGGAGCUCCGCACGGAGGUGGACCGCCAGGUAUCCCAGGCAGAUCCCAGCCUCGAGAGCCCACUGGUGUUUGCUCGAUCCUCUGUUCGCCUGUCAUCCUCCUUCCCGUUUGCAGCCGCUCGUGUGUGGUCUUUCAGGCCUGCCAUCCCCAUUAGCAUUGGUGACAGUCAGAUGGACUUGGGCCAGUUGGCCAGCAGGGAUGACGAGGACACAGACUACCAGUGAUGUGCUUUCCUGGACCUUACAUUUCGGUGUUUUUAUGUCUCUUAUAGUACUAUGUAUACAGCCUGGGGCUCUUUCCCCAGAUUGUGCAUUCCAUUAACUUAUUAAAUUGUAUUGCCUUUCCAACUUUUUUGCAUUACAGGUCCAGUGGUGUAGCAUUUAGCUGUGUGGGCUGAGGCAAUUAUUAGGGUAAUGGUCACAUCAGUAUUUAUAUCACAGCUGGAGCACUUUAAAUUCCCCAGUUUGUGGAUCAGUCCCUGUCACAGUGGGGAAAUCUUAAAUGUCUUAAGUGGAAAUAUUCAAAAUAAAAUA